AUGCCGGAUCGCGAUCGGGUUGUCCCUGAGAUUCGUUCGGGUCGUCAAUGUCAGGCCUGUCUCGACGCGAACGAGGAUUGUAACUUAGGCAAAGAGGCAGACGAGCCCACAGAGCGAGCACGCCCUUCUCCGAAGAAAGGGUGUCUGGAUCUGUUUUCACAGAAAGUGUCGACUCCAGGGUUAGGGCCCCAAAUCUCGCCUCAAAACGCCGCUGUGAAUGACUCGGACUCGUUGCAGUUAAGGAGCACGCCCGUGCCAGAAGACUCCGAGAUGUUGUUGGUACGUUUUAUCGAUACAGAUGAAAGAGACGUCGUAGAUGGAUCGAAGGAAACAGACUACAAGGUGAUGUACUUCGGAAACGACUCGAUCUGGUCGUACAGCUUGCAAAAAGCCCGGCGGACAAAGACAAUAAACUCACUUUCUCCUCUCUCGAGUGACGGGCAGACUGUCGAGAGCAACGUCCAUCACCCAGUCCCGGGAGCUGUAGACUGGACUACAAGCACUCAUAUUGAUCUCAAUGCAGACAACAAGGCCGCAGCUGUACUCCGGGAAACGGGGGCCUUUACCUUGCCUCCAAUCGAAACUCAGAGGGAGCUACUUGAUGCGUACUUUACGUGGCACUAUCCGCUGCAACCUAUCCUAGAUAAAGACGACUUCAUUCGCGACUUUCAGGCGUGUCAAGUGUCGAUCCUGCUGCUACAGGCGCUACUCUCUGUUGCUACAACCUGCUGCGAUGAGAGUGUAAUUCGAAAACAUUGGACGGACCGACGCUCGGCUCAGGCAGUGUUUUAUAAGCGUGCUCGAGCUCUGUACGACGCCGACCACGAACAGAAUCGCGUGACUAUUGUUCAGGCAUUGUUCUUCAUGUGUCAUUGGUGGGGUAGUCCGACCGACGUCAAAGAUUUCAGUCAUUGGUUGUCCACUUCCAUUCACAUGGCUCAAGUGAUGGGCAUGCAUCGCUCGACCAAGCACUCCUUCUUGCCUGCAAAAGCCAAGAAGCUGUGGAAAAGAAUCUGGUGGACUCUAUACGUCCGUGAUCACUUUGAUGCGGCAUCAUUGGGAAGACCGCUCAUGAUCAAUGAUGCUGAUUGCGAUAUCGAGCGACUCCGUAAGGCAGAUUUCCAAAACGACGCAGGCGAUAUUCUCUCGACCGCGAACCAUUGCAUCGAAUUGGCGAGUCUAGCCACGCUAAUCGGGCGAGUUAUACGAGUCAAACAACUGACAAAAGUCAUCGACGACUCUAUUGAGACGGUAGAAACAGACCUCAACACUUGGGAGAAACGACUUCCGUCUACUCUUCGCUAUCAAGAUGAUGAAACAUCUGCAGAGGCUAGAGUUUUCUCUGCCAUGCUUCUGUUUGCCUUUCAAUUUUGCAAACUUAUAUUGUACCGAAAACUGUCGACAGGAACGGAUAGCUCUGUAAGUGGUUUGUCACUGGCAUCCGCAAACGCGGUUACCCGGACUGUUGAAGAACUCCUUUCUGAGGGACUACUGUCACGAAUACACGUGCAUUUAAUCGCUGUUAUAUUUGCCUCGUUGACAACAUAUAUAGUAUCAUAUGAGCAAAGCGAAGGCUCACGAAAAGCAGUUCUACAGCACAAGGCUCAACUAUGUCUCCUUGGUCUGGCCGAAUUUCGAAACCACUGGGGUUUUGUGGACUGGAUGUAUCGGAUGUUCAGCAGCGUUCUCGAGCGCCUUAAGGGCAGUGACGGUACUUAUGCUCAGAGAACUCAAGGACCAGCAGAGCCUGUCUCGGGACCAGGUGCACCUAUGCCUCUGGCUAGGCAAGGUUCACCCACGACAGUCGAGGUCAACCAAUCGAACGAUCCAACUAUCGAUGAUACGAUACCGGACCACUGGCUGGAUCCUUUUCUACCGCUCGAGAACUGUGAAUGGUAUGAACAAAACUCGGCGUGGCUCGGCUACCUGGAUCCGCAGAUGGCAGCAUGGCCGAACGUAAAUUGA